AGUCGAUCUUCAACACUCCACUAGAUAAGACUGGGGGCGUUCCCAUUGCACAAUGGCUGUCGAUGCAAUGGAUGUAGACUCAAGCCCUGCGCCUGCGGCAGUGUCAGAGCCUGAGCGCAAGCGCAAACACAAGCACAAGGACCAGUCGUCGAAGAAGAAGCGGAAGCACGACGCCAACCUGAUCGCCGACGAGACAACAGUCCACGAGACGACAAGCAAAAAGUCCUCAAAGAGCAAAGGGAAGAGCAAGCAAAAGUCGUCCGAGGACGCACCAUCACCCUCCGACUCGCCUUAUGUUCUGACCACCGCCACUCUCUACCUUCCGCUAUCGCCCAUCUCCAUCUCGCCCACCCAUGCGCUAGCCUCUCUGCUGGCAGAGCACCUCUCGCCUCUCCUCCUCACAUACUACCCCCUCUACAGGCGCGGCCAGAUCCUCGAGGGCUGGAUCAACGUCCAAUCCGAGGGCUUCCUCGGCGCCGUCGUCCUGAACCUGUUCUCCGUCGGAAUCGAGCGCAAGAGACUCCCCUCGAACUGGAAAUGGGUGCCACCCGGCGAAGAAGAGGAAGAAAACGGAUUCAACAGCGGCGAGAAGCCAAAGAAGAAGGUCUUCUCGUCAACCGAAGACGAAGAUGACUCCGAGCCUUCGUCCCACUUCGACCCGGAAAAGGAACACUUCAAGCCUAUCUCGCUCGCCUCCGAUGCCAACCCCUUCUCCGAAACCAUGGACCUUGACAACGGCUCCGCUGAGGACGAGGACUCCGCCGCCGAGGGCUACUUCCAGUCUCUCUCGGGCCACCGCGUCCGCGGGACCGUCCGGUUCAGAGUCGUCGAUAUCGACGUCAUCCCUGGCUCUGAUCGCGAGCGUGGCUUCCUCAGCAUCGAGGGUACGAUGCUGUCGCCCGAAGAGGAAGCUCGAGUCCUCGAAGACGAGCGCAAUGGGAAUUACUCUUCUAUGACUCCUCGACCACAAGGCCAGUGGGAAUCCUCGAGCGCCAUGUCCGGCGCAUUAGCAGGUUCGUCCUCGGCCGCUCCGGAGACGCAGAUUAGCAGUGCCGAUGCAGAUACUGGAACCUUGGAGGAAUCACCGAGCAAGAAGAAGGAGCGCAAGACGGAAAAGGAGAAGAAAUCCAAGUCCUCGAGAUCGAAGAAGAAAAAGGAGGAGAAAUGAUCCAGUUCUUGUCAUUUACCAUAAGACGCACGGCGUCUUUCAUCUGUUAUAUAUUGAAUGCUUGUUUGGCGUUAGAAGGGAGAAAUCAAAAUUCAUUCAGCGUUGUCA